AUGUUCAGGCCUCCAGUUGUGAAUAGAAAAUGUUUAUUAGAGUUUGCCACCGUUGAUUUAAUAAAAGCAUGUACAUAUUCCAGACUUAAAUCACCAGUGAAAGUAAAGCAUGGUCCACGGCUAGCUUAUUAUGGACAGCAUAGCAUAAAGAGAUCAUUCACCACGAGUCAUGCCACAUUUGUUAACAAGUCUCCUUCCUCAGCCACCUCCACAACAACCUUUACCUCCAACACAGCGACACCUUUACAAACAAACACCUCGAAUAACACACAGUUGAAUCCGUUUUCAAAACGAAUCGUACCCCUACCAGCGAAAGUUGCCGGCAUGAAACUGCGGUGCACAGAAUUCGAUCGCAACGGUGUUGUCAAAACCACUGCUGGCGAAUUUCUCAAAUCAGAUUUCUGUCAACGCCAUUCACUCCUUCCGCGCGAUUUACGAACUAUUGAUACCUAUUCUGUCUACCAAAAGCCCACCAUUCUAGUUCGUCAUGAAGCCAUUUUAGUGAAUAUUGCCCACUUAAAGGCAUUGAUCAAGAGUGAUAUGGUUGUUUUGUUUGAUACCUACGGCUCGACCGAUAGUUACAAUCAAAGUAUAUUCAUUUACGACCUACAGGAUAGGCUAAGGUCGAAUAAAGAGACAUUGCCUUUUGAAUUCAGGGCGCUUGAAGCAAUUCUUAUUUCAGUCACCUCUUCAUUACAGUCAGAAUUAGAUAUAUUAGAAGAACCUGUCAACAAAUUAUUAAGCGACCUGGAAGAUUUGGCAGACAUAGAAGAAUCAAUGAGUGGCGAUAAAUUACGAGACUUGUUGCAAUUUUCAAAGAAAUUAUCAAAGUUUGAACAAGAUGCAUUGUCUAUUCGAGAUGCUUUAGAGGAAGUCUUGGAUAAUGACGAUGAUUUAGCAGCCAUGUACUUGUCAGACAAAAAAGAAGGCAGGGAACGUGAUGCAGAGGACCACGAAGAGGUAGAACUUUUACUGGAGGCUUAUUACAAAUUAACGGAAGAAAUUGCAGCGAAAGCAUCUACUUUGCGUCAACACAUGCGAUCCACAGAAGACAUUGUUCAAUUGAUAUUGGAUGUUUCAAGAAAUUCAUUGAUGUGGUAUGAUAUUAGGCUAACGAUCAUCACGUUAUCGGCGACUGUCGUCAGUGGUUGGGGAGCCCUUUUGGGUAUGAAUUUGAAGAAUCAUUUUGAAAUGGAUCCAACAGCUUUCUAUUAUGUAUCAGGCUUUGCUGUUUUUACUGGCGCUUGUGCUUUCGGUGUUGCACUUCGGAAGUUACGGUCUCUAGCAAAAUUGAAUCUGAAGUAG